GUUGAGUUGCAGCGCAUGCCACAUGUAGCAUACAUACGGCGACCGGGCGAAGACUGGGCGGGCAUAACGAACCCAAAGGAACGCAAGAGGCUCCAGAACAGGCUUAACAAACGUAUUUCAAGGCAGCGGAAAAAGCGGAAAAUAAGUCAUGAUGAAGACGACUCGUCAGAUGCCGCGUCCAGAGCGGCUAGUACGACACCCGACACCACCGUCUCGGACACUUGGACUUUACUGUGCAACAGCAGAAGCAGCAGCACUACCACGAUUGUGCCCUCGACAUUCAGCCACUGCUCAGAAGAAGAUGUCGUCCGGGAGCGCGCGGUGCUGGAGCAGUUUGCCGAGCAAGCGCUAAGAAGUUACAUGACGGGCGACCCGUGUGCGGACCACAAGCUCCGGCUCAUCCAGUUCAACAUCAUCAAUGGUCUCACCCGAAACGCUGCCGUGCUAGGUUACCAGUUCGACUGGCUCGUGUGCGCCGCUGUCUCGCCGUUUGGACGUGACGGCCCAGUACGCGAUGCUAGGUCUGUGACGCCGCCGCUGGAAAGUGGUACUGUGCCGACUAAUCUGGUUCCGACCAUGGUACAGCUGUCGAUUAGGCACCAUCCGUGGCUCGAUUUGUUCCCCCUCCCUCGCAUGCGAGACAACUUGCUGCUGGCG